CGUCCGGCGUGCAGGGCUCUGGGUGUGGCCGCCGUCUCGUGUGGCGGAGCCUACUCACGGUUCACUCCCCGCAGCCGAACACCCAGCAGCAGCUUGGUGGUGGCGGCCCGGCUCCAGCUCUUCACGUGGGACGCCUGAGGAAAACUGUCAGGAAGGAUGAGCGAACUGGAACAGUUGAGGCAGGAAGCUGAGCAGCUGCGGAAUCAGAUCCAGGACGCUAGGAAGGCCUGUAACGAUGCCACGCUGGUUCAGAUCACGUCUAAUAUGGACUCCGUGGGUCGGAUACAAAUGCGAACAAGGCGCACGCUGCGUGGCCACCUCGCUAAGAUCUACGCCAUGCACUGGGGAUAUGAUUCCAGGCUGCUAGUCAGUGCAUCCCAAGAUGGAAAAUUAAUUAUUUGGGAUAGCUAUACCACAAAUAAGAUGCAUGCCAUUCCGCUGAGGUCUUCCUGGGUGAUGACAUGCGCCUAUGCCCCAUCUGGGAACUAUGUUGCCUGUGGAGGCUUGGACAACAUCUGCUCCAUAUACAACCUGAAGACGCGUGAGGGGAAUGUGCGGGUGAGCAGGGAACUGCCAGGGCACACAGGCUACUUGUCCUGCUGUCGAUUCCUAGAUGACGGACAGAUCAUCACCAGCUCAGGAGACACAACUUGUGCUCUGUGGGACAUCGAGACGGGGCAGCAGACAACGACCUUCGCAGGACACUCGGGUGACGUGAUGAGUCUCUCACUAAGUCCUGACCUGAAGACCUUUGUUUCUGGUGCUUGUGACGCGUCGUCAAAGCUGUGGGAUGUCCGAGACGGCAUGUGUAGACAGUCUUUCACAGGACACAUCUCAGACAUCAACGCUGUCAGCUUCUUCCCAAGUGGCUAUGCCUUUGCCACGGGCUCCGAUGAUGCCACCUGCCGGCUCUUUGACCUCCGUGCAGACCAAGAGCUACUGCUGUAUUCUCACGACAACAUCAUCUGCGGGAUCACGUCCGUGGCUUUCUCCAAGAGCGGGCGCCUUCUGCUAGCCGGCUAUGAUGACUUCAACUGCAGCGUGUGGGACACGCUGAAAGGAGGCCGGGCAGGUGUCCUUGCUGGUCAUGACAACCGUGUUAGCUGCUUAGGCGUGACUGAUGACGGCAUGGCUGUGGCCACCGGCUCCUGGGACAGUUUUCUUAGAAUCUGGAAUUAACAGUGUCCUGUGUUCUGUUCUCCAAUGGCUAUCUGGAGAUCCAUGCUACAGCCUACAGCUGUGAGAAGAAACUCUUACCUUCUGUUUGCGGAUGAGGAUUUUUCUAUUGAGAUGACUACAUACGAAAGAAAGCGUCUUUGAAUAAAGUACAGCCAAAUGGUGGUCAGAGACAAUCAAGACUAAGGUCCCUUGCCGAGGGCAAAGGGCCUGGGUAUUGAGCAGUUGUGCUGACAUUACGCCUGACAGAUUCCUGCCUGUGCCGGUCCUUUCUCUGUAGAUUAGAACGCACAAUCUGUAGCAGGUGACUGCUGUGUUUGCAUUUUGUUAGGGACUCCCCUUGAACUCUGUAUAUGAGAAACAUCACAUUUUUAAAGUAUUGUCAUGGUAGAGCCAGGACCUGUAAUAGGCAGAAGUGAUAUUGUAGAUAGAUGUGCUGUCUGAAGGCGUCCCCUUGGGCUUUGACAUUGCAUUUGAGUCACGAUGGCCUCCUGAUUAGGAGGGCUGAUAGGUGAGGUGGCUGUUCAUGCAUUCUUUGCCAUGCUGGGGAUCUAACUAAGUGCUCCUUUUGAGUCAUUUGAGGGACAGGUGAUGUGAAGGCCAGGGGGUAAAAAUUUCACCGACAUAAGGGGGCACACUGAAAUGUCAUUACAAUUUAUUAUCAUAACCAGUAGAUAUUGGCAUGUAUGUUAAUUUUUGGUAUUCUAAAAGGCUGAGCCCUUUGAACCUUUAGAUCUUGCUGUUAAUUUCACAUUCUGAAACCAAGUUUGUAGAAUGUGCUAGUAUUUCACAAGUUUGACAAAACCUGACUUGCCCCUGCUUCUGAAGACUCCUGUCCAGUAUUCUCUGUAAUGGGUAGGAGACAGUGGCUCACCUUUAACAUUUUUGAGAAAUGUAAACUCAUCCACUCAGCUGGCACUAACAUAUAUACGAUGGCUUUAUGAAUUCUGUGUAAUGUAAGAUCUGAAUUGGUAUAAAUUAUCUGCACCCUUAAACCUUUGCUCUUCUACUUUGGUGCUGCAGAAGGAAUCUGGGGCCUUGUGCCCACCAGGCUUGCUCUGCACCCCGGCUCCUCAGAUGGAAGCAAGCCCUCUGCUGCCGUGCAGUAAUUCCUCCAGCGCACGACAUACCUGUUCCUAUGCAGCUUGCAGCUGAGUGUCCAGAGCUGACCCCUCGAGCCCACAGCACUAUCUCAGAGGGUCCGCUCACAGCAGGCUGUCCAGUUGCUCUGUCUGUCACUGGGCUGUCCUGCCUCUCUUGUUUUUUUCUCCUACAAAUUUAAGUGACUAAACAAUAGCAGACUGUUACCUCUUGCUGGGUGCUGCCUUCAUGGGUUACCUGGAUGCAUACGAAACAUUGUUUGAAACCCAGUAACACCUAUGUUGCUGUUUAAUAGUUUGUUAAAGUUGAUCACCUGUAACUGUAACACUUCCAAACUCUGGCGUUUUCAUCCUUAUACUGUGACUGUGCCCGUGUAUGUGUCUGCUGGGAUGCUUUAUUAAGGUCAGUUGCGCUUCCCGUACUACAGUGGAUAGAGCUUCCUCCCACACAGCUCCAGGGUUGGACCUGAGUGGGGCAGAAUGAAAAGCCAACAGACACAGGAGAGCUGGGGCCAUGGAAGAAACUGCAGCCCCCAGGAAGUGAGUUUGUUACAUGGAACGGCCCAGAGUUGGUGCUGCUGCAUACAGAUGAACAAGGAGGCAGCCUUCACGGUACGCAGCUGGACCACGGAGACAGGGUUAGCUAAUCUGGGUGAGGGCGCUAUGGUGGACACAGCCCACCAACACUCAUACUCAAGCCAUUCUCCCACACGUCUGAAGCAAGGGUCCUUGCCACAGCAGCACCCGCGUCCCAGCACACGUUCGCUCCCAACAGCAGAGAGGUGAACUGAGAUACAGUAUUGAAGAGAAACAGACCAUCAAUGGCAGGUGUGACUGUGUACCUCAAUCCUCAUUCUGGGACCCCUUUGAUCUUGCCUAUUUGUGAAAUAGGGAAGUUACUUUAUGAAGCACAGCUCUCUGAAACAGGGCACAAUUUACUUAAAAGGGAAGAAUAAAGUCAGCGCUGGGCUGGAAUCUAGCCCUCCUUGUAUGUGCUGCCCACAGCGCUCUACCUGCAGCCUGCCCCACCCAAGCCAGAGUUGAGGCACAUUAGAGGAUCACAAUCAUUUCCCCAAAAGGCUGUGUUUCCAAGACUGCUGUGUAACCCAGAACUCAUCCAAAACAGCACUUCUAAUAUGUAUUUUAAAAUGGGGCUUAAUCCGUGGUAAAGUGCUUGAAGCGCAGGGCCCUGGGUUCAGUCCUCAGCUGUGUCAGUCAAAAGUCAUACUGAAGAAUUCUAUGGCCCUAAAUAUUUUAAAAUGGAAUUCAGGGCAGGAGAGUUGGCUAAGCAGAUAAGAGCACUUGUUACUCUUGCAGAGAACCUGGGUUCAAUUCCCAGCAACCAUGUGGCAGCUCACAACCACCUGUAACUCCAGUCUCAGGGAAUAUGACUCCCUUGGACACAAGGCAAAACAUUUGUACACAUAGAUCUAUAUUUAAAAAGGGGGGUGUGCUUUCAUGUUAUUAAAAGCUUGUGUAGAACAGAGUUUAAAGAUUUCCCUUACAAUGUAGCUGGAGAGUAACCAUGCGAACAUAUGGCUCACUGCACACAGUGCCAAUGUUUGGCACAGUAGUGACCUUAGUCAAGCUGCUUUCUACUGGUGGGUAUCUUUAGGGUUUCUCUGCAGUUUGUUGUGGCUAAAUACACUGGCUUGCCUGAGACUUCCUGAAACUAGCCUAUACAAUGUGCUUUAGCAGGUUGAUGCUUAGCAUGCAAAACAUCAAACAAAAGUUUGAGACCGGCCCGGCGGUGGUGGUGCACGCCUUUAAUCCCAGCACUCGGGAGGCAGAGGCAGGCGGAUCUCUGUGAGUUCGAGGCUAGCCUGGUCUAUAAGAACUAGUUCCAAGACAGGCACCAAAGCUACAGAGAAACUGUCUCGAAACCCCCCCUCCCCCCCAAAAAAAUGUUUGAGACCGGCAAGAUUUUUAACAUUUUGCUGUGGCUUCUGCCUUAGCCUCUAGCUGAGUCCACAAGCAUUUUCCCCCAAGAGUAUUGUAAAGGCACAUUAUCUUUUCUGAAACAUCCCUCAACGCCGUUCAACAAGGACAGCUCAUUUUUGGCAGCUGUGCUCCAUGUAAUACUCCAGGUCCCUAACUAGCUUGGACUUAGUUGUGAUACACAUAUACUGUAUUGAAUUCCAAAUUCAUAAAAGCAGUGAGUGUUGGGCUCUGGUCCCUCUAGUUCAAAGUCUAGUCAGUGGCUGUCAUUUUGAUUUAGACUUGGCAAGCUGAUUGAUGAUGUGUUUCUGAGAUGUAAGGAACUUGAAUCUAUUACAUGACCUAGUGCAGUCCUGUAACCCUUCACCUGGGGGGUUGCAUGUGAAGGACCACAGAGGGACCACUGAGAGUUGAGGCCAGUCAGCCAGGAUUAUCAGAUGGAAACCUUAUUUAUCCCAGGGACUGGAGAGAUGGCUCUUCUCACAGAGCACAUGAGUACAGUUCCCAGUUCAACUGCCUGUAACUUCAAGGGGCCCAAAGCCCUCUUCUGGCCUUCUCAGGCCCCGCACACACAAACCUAAUUUAAGUAAAUCCCCCUUUAAAGAAAAAAGCAUAAAAAUGACCAUUCUAUUGUUGAAAGUACUCUUCAAUCCCAUUGAUGACUUAGGUUUAGGAGUAAAACUAAGACUUUGUUUUAGAAGUGAAACUAUUCAGGGAAAUUAAGUGGAUAUGAACGUCUUGGAUUUUGAAUCAUAAUGAACGUUCUUGUAUUAACCAGACUAGAAAAACUGAAGAAGCGGACCCUGCCAUCAUUUAAAUACGGAACAUCCCUUUCUUUACACUCUGCAGAUCAGAUCUGGCUUGUACUGUGUUUGUUCUCUGGCCACUGUGGAAAGCGCUGGUUUUACCAAGAUGAUCUUAAACUGAUCCUGUGGAACGCGAGACGCACAGCAGGCUCACUUCUGCUGGUCACUGCUUACAACAGGUGCUUAUGGGAUGUCUGAGUCAGCACUGUUAACCACAGGCAGAUGGAACAUCUUGUAUUUAGGAAAUAUUUUCCAUGUUUAUAGUUUUCUAAGAGUGUUUUUUCUUAAGCCCAAUGGCUGAUUUUGUAAAACAGGUGUAAUAAUGUAGCAUUAUGAGAAAAAAAACUUUUCAACUAUAAGAACAGUAUCCAGCAAAAUCUUCCAUAGCAUGGUCUGUUAACGCGGACUUCUGUGAUACAGCUGUAGGCUGUCCAGGCCCUUCUGUCUUUAUACAAUGGUGCUCUAACCUAUCAUUUUCUCCUCAAAGAGGCUUCUCUUUGAACAUCUGCAUCAUCUCACGGAAGCCAUCAGAUAGCAUAAAUGUGUCUUGAAGCAGAUUUGAGAAUUUUUCUGUAAGGCACCUUGGAAAUGUCCUCAAAUAUUUUCAACACAGAAAGCCAGCUGACUAUGAAUGUCAGCCAUAUGUCUAAAGCUUUCCCAUACAAGCAGAGGAUCUGUGCCAGUAUCCAACAGUGCUGAGCUAGAACAGUUAUCCCCUAUUUGUACAGUAGCUUGUGCAAUGCUGUUGUAGUGAGCUGUACUAUACUCUGUAAUCAAUAAAGUGCUUUUC